CAACAAACAGUGAGAGAGUUGUAUUACUACGCCAGAGGCGGCAAAUCACGAUCCCAAUCAGAGGUUCGCGGUGUAAAUGCUUGGUUUGUGGUCAAAGCAUCAAGUCAUCCUUUGCUUACUGCUCAAUGGUUUGCAAGUUCAGUACGGUUAGGGCAUCGGAUUGUGAACAAAGAGUAUAUGCCGAGAGUUCACAAGAUCUUGAGGGGAGCUUAAUUGUAUCUGGUUCUGCUGCUGAAUCGCAUGCGUCCAUUGAAAGUGCGUUUGAGGCGAAUUCGGCAACUGCCACAGCAAGUGAUGAAACAAAUUAUGAAAGCAUGGCCUUUGUGAAUGAAGGGUGCCGCUCUGAGCGAUAUACAGCAGCUCCUUCAGGCAAUCACAUCACCAGAAAGUUUCAUGGGCGGAAAUCUGUUCCUCACCGUUCACCGCUUUUUUAGUUGCUUUUGUUAAGUUUCUGUAUUGACAACUAGUGCCAAUCAAAUUUUGUAAGUAUUGCAUUUACGUUAAUGAGAUGUUAAAUGUUUUACUUGCAAAUAUGAUUGCGUAGGAGGGUAGUUUACAUAGUUGCUUGUAAUAACACUAUCUGACAUUGCAAAUAAUAUUAGUGA